AUGUCUGCAGCGGAUUUCAGAGAGAGAAUCUCAGACAAGUACAACAGGAUCCGUGUUGUGCUGGAUGGCGACGAGCGUCUGAUGACGCAGAUCAUUGAUGCAGAAGAGGAAUGCAUGAGCGAGUGGCUGGAAGCGCAGAGAGGAAUCGUGGAGGAACGCAUCAAGGAGAUAGACAAACUCAGAGUUUCCAGUAAACUACUCUUAGAAGAAACACAUGACUUGAGCUUCAUACGGCAAAUCACCGCUCAGAAUUUGUGUGGCCCUCCAAGUUUGGCACCCAUUCAGCAAAUGGACAGAGAACUGUGCGAGCCUGACAAAAUGAGAACAGUAGAAAAGCUGGUGGAUGACCUGUCAGUGGCUCUGUCGCAACACUUACCUCGAAUGUGGUCCUAUAUAGGUUGUCCUGCUCUCGACUUGAAAACAGCCCACCCAAAGCUGGAGGUAUCCCAGGAUGGGAGACAAGUGUGUUGGGGAGUGCAACCUGACAGUGGAGCUCCAAUCACUCAGCCAUAUGAUUCCCAGUACAGCGUCUUGGCUCAGAAGAGUUUUACUACUGGCAAACACUACUGGGAAGUCAUCGUACAGGAGAAACCAUAUUGGCUGAUCGGUGUGACUACUGGUCCAGUCAAUGGAGAUAUUGGUCUGAGUCUAAGGCCCUCUGGUCUGGGUGUGAAUAAGACUUCCUGGUGCAUCUACCACGGUGAUGGACAGUACAUGGCGUGCCACGACACCCAGGAGAAGCAACUACAAGUUGGGAAGAAAGUCAGAAAAUUGGGCAUACUGGCAAAUCUUCCCAAGGGGGAGCUGUCGUUCUACAAUGCAGACACCAUGAGUUUGCUUCACUCGUUCUGCGUGGAGUGCAAAGAGCCCAUUUUCCCAAUGUUUAACCCCUGCAUUGAUGUAAAUGGUCUCAACAGGCAUCCCUUGACCAUGUUUUGGAUCAAGGAUCCCUGGGAUUGGAGCGUCAGCACAGAUGGAGGUGACGAGUGA